AUGGGAGACUCGUUCCUGCGCACCGUCGUCGACACUCCUCCACUCUCAUACUCUACUCCACCCUUUCCCUCUCUGUACUGGCCUUUCCCUGUUGGUGGAACCCAAACCCUGUACCUCUACCACUCCCACGACAUAUGGCGCUUCACUCUUCUCUGGACCAUCAUUGAUGUCGUAGGCAUUCACCUAAUUGCUGCCGCUUUUGCCAUGGCCAUCCAAUGGCGCAACUGGAAGCUCAUAUGGAUUGCCCCAAUCGUCUUUGGCGCAAUCGGUGCUAUCGAAGCCCUGAUUGCUGGCAACGUCGUUGGUGGUCUAUUGAGCGGCGUCUAUACUGCUGGCUACUUUCGCAUGUCGACCUGGAUCCCAUUUUCCUGGGGUAUCAUCAAUUCCCUCGUCUUGAUCUUGUCCUCCUUUGCCAUCCAAGGUGGCAUGUGA